UAUCAAGGGAGCGAUGGUGGAGGGAGCGCCGAGCUCCAAAACGGUGGCGGAUGCCACCACCGCGCUCUCAGCUCGCGAAGCUGUCGGCGAUUUACUGAACGCUUCCCUUACUGGAACUUUGGAGGAGUUUCAAGAUGCUGCAAAGAAAAUGGCACAAGGACAGGAGGCUAUCGUGGAUGUCAUUGCUGCAGUAAAAGAUGCCAAUGGUCGCGGACCACUUCACUUUGCUGCUCGCGGAGGAAAUCUCCAAGUCUGCAAAGAGCUCGUGGAGAAUUUCCAUCUGGAAGUGGAUCAGAAAGACAACGAUGGAGAGACUCCACUGAUCCAUGCGGCACGACUGGGACACUUUGACACAGCUAAGUUUCUGAUAGAGCAUAACGCUCAAGUUUCGAUGUCCUCACUGGACCUUGGAUCCACACCGCUGCAUCAUGCUGCGGGGAUAGGCUCGAUUGAAUUGAUGCGACUAUUCCUAGACAAUGGUGCUAAGAUCAACACUGAAAGUACUUCUGGAACGCCUCUAGUCUGGGCAGCCGGGCAUGGAAACACAGAAGCCGUGAAGCUGUUACUCGAAAGUGGUGCAAACCCAAACAUACUUGCAGAGAAUGGCGUGAGUGCAUUGAUAUCCGGAGCAGCCACUGGAUCUUACGACGUUGUUUCUCUCCUGAUCAGGCAUGGUGCCGAUGUAAACAUCAGCGCUGGUGGAGUAACUGCAUUACAUGUAGCUGCUGACACUGGAGACGAGAAGAUGGUGAAAUGUCUUCUAGACGCUGGAGCCGAUCCCAACGCUCAAGACGAGGAUGGUGCCAAGCCUAUCCAAGCCGCUGCUGCCAGAAACUCUCGCUCGAUCGUGCAGAUGCUUCUCCCUCUCACGUCACAAGACGCAAAGGAUAACGAGUGGAGUGUGGACGAUCUCAUCGCCAGAGAAGCGCCUCCAAGGACGACGGAGAUAUCUCAAGAAAUGCUGGACAAAGCCAGUGAAGCCAAAUCGAGAGGUACUGAAGCUUUCAACCGGAAAGAUUACUUGAUUGCUAUAGAUGCAUACACACAGGCCCUUGAUAUAAAUCCUACCGAUGCUUCGCUCUACUCAAACCGGAGUGUGUGUUGGAUACGAGCUGGCCAAGCCGAGCAGGCACUCAAAGACGCAAAGGCGGCAGUGGAUUUAAGACCAGACUGGGCCAAGGCACGGUAUCGAGAAGGCGUUGCAUUGAGGCUUUUAGAGCGAUUCGAGGAGGCUGCUACUGCGUUCUACGAUGGUAUCAAACUGGAACCAAACAACAAGGAGUUGCAAGAAGCUUUCAGGUUAGCCGUCGAGACUGGGAAGAAACAUCACGCGAACAAUCAAAAGACAGUGUAAAGUCGUGAGAGAAAAAAAUCAUCGCUUUCUUUCUUAA